GCGGUAAUGCACCUAAUUUAUGAAAGUUGCCAAUCGCAAUAUAAAGUUAAGAGAAGAAAAAGCCUGGAAAUAGGAGAGAAGACUAGAAACAAUUCGGUUGACUGUUUUAUGUUUGGAUUAAUUGGCGGAGUGUAGGACCUUGUGCAUUUCAGUCUAGGGGAGCCCAGUGAGAGAUGUCGGUCCCCCCCAACCUUCUGAUUCUGAACACCACCUAAAGGUCAGAGGUUGAAGGGUCAGCGGUCAGGGGUGGUCAACACCAUCAUGGCUGACAGUGAAGGGCUUGGCAGCGGUGGGGUUGAUCUGCCCAUCCUCGCACCGGGCCAGGUGUACGUGGAGGUGGAGUACGACUAUGAGUACAAGGCCAAAGAUAAGAUGAUCUCCAUCAGGCAGGGGGAGUGCUAUAUGCUGGUCAGGAAGACCAAUGAGGACUGGUGGCAGGUACGGAAGGAAGAGGGGAUGAAAGCCUUCUAUGUCCCAGCGCAGUACGUCAGGGAGGUGCGCCGGGCGCUCAUGCCCCCACCAAAGACCCUCGUGUCGGACGGGAUGGGUGGGACGAUCCGGGUAAAGCCUACAGUUCUGGAUAUCUGUAGCACGUCCAACGAGAACCUCAACAACAGGCUACCUCAGGAGAUGUCUAGUUUUGGGAGUCCGUCGCCCACCUCCACACCCUCGCCCUCUUGGGGGCACGUCACACCACCUUCUCUGCCCAAGGAUGCCAACCAGAACCCAGAAAGCCUACGGCACAGCAAGCCCCCUGGCGUAGCCGAUCUGGUGCUCCUACACAACAACAAGAACCAUCACCACAGCAACAGCUCCAAGUUACCGCAUAUGCGGGCGGAAUCUCCGCCUCCCAGGGCCCCCAACAACCACCAUAUAAACCACAACAAGAGCCAUGACUCGGACCGGACUCUCUCCUCUCCUGGGGACUCCCCGGGGGAGGGGUCAGAGAAGCUCCAGAACGACUCAGAAUCUGGAGAUGACCUGAGCAGCAGCUCUACUGAACAGACGACGUCUCCGAUAGGGCAAGGCCGGCCCGAGUCCCCUAUCUACACCAACCUCCAGGAGCUGAAGAUCUCCCAGUCCAGCCUGCCCACCCUCCCCUCCAGCACCCCACUGCACAUCCUUGGGGACUGGGAGACCCACAAGGACCUCACCGGUAGACACUUCUACUAUAACAGAGCCACCGGGGAGCGCACGUGGAAACCGCCCCGUGCACGGGAUGCUAGUGGCAGUACCAGUAGUAGUCGGGGAGACCCCCAUGGCAUGGGAGAGAUGGAGCCCCUUUCUUCUGAGGAGAACUGUCACAGCAGCACGUACUCCAGUCAGUCAGACAGUCAGUAUGGAUCUCCCCCUAGAGGCUGGUCAGAGGAACUGGAUGUACACGGACACACCCUCUAUGUCUGUGAACAUACUCAUGAGAAGUGGAUAAAGCACGUGGACGAGCAGGGGAGGCCGUACUACUACAGCUCAGACGGCUCCAGGUCUGAAUGGGAACUACCCAAAUACAAUGUGUCCCCUCAGCCAGGUGAUCCCCCCAAGAGUCGUAGCCUGGAGAGGAAACUGUCAGACCCCAUUGUCCUGACCAAGUGGAGACACAGCACCUACGUACUAGACCUCAACGACAAGGAGUGUGGGCCUACAGUCCCCAAGCUGAGUUCUCCUGACUUUGACUCCUGCCCCUCAUCUCCCAAGCACCCCUCAAUCCCCUCUGAGAAGUGUGGAGUCCUCAACGUCACCAAAAUAACUGAGAAUGGCAAAAAAGUCAGAAAGAACUGGACAUCGUCGUGGACGGUGCUACAGGGCUCCUCGCUGCUCUUCGCUAAAGGACAGGGGAGUGGCACCAGCUGGUCCUACUACCGUAGUGGCUCCAUCCCUGAGCUGCUGCUCACUCUGCUGGCCAACUGGAAGCGUUCGGUCAAGCCUCGCCCAGCUGUCUCCUAUGUCCACUCUGUCCAUGAGCGUUCCAAGGCUGCCACUAAGUUUGGGGGUAACCAGUCGAAGCCGGAAUUCACUGUGGAUCUCAGAGGGGGGUCAGUUGAUUGGGCCUCGAAGGAUAAGUCCAGCAAGAAGCACGUCAUUGAGCUGAAGACCCGUCAGGGGACAGAGCUGCUGAUCCAAUCAGAGAUCGACAGCGUCAUCAACGACUGGUACCGAGUCCUGACAGACACCAUCAGUACACAUGCAUGGGAGUCAGAUGAAGCCUUAGAGGAGGACAUGCCUGAGUCCCCCGGUGCAGAAAAACAAGACAAGGAGAAAGACCACAGAGACUCCAAGAAAAACAGAGCGAUGAAGACAUCUGUGAGUAUGGACUCCUCGGACCAGAAGAAGACCAGAGUAAAGCUGAAGAAGUUCCUAACCCGCCGACCCACCUACCAGGCCGUCAGAGACAAGGGCUACAUUAAAGACCAGGUGUUUGGCUGCAGCCUGAGCAGCCUGUGUCAGAGGGAGAACACUUCGGUGCCCACUUUCGUCACCAUGUGCAUCGACCACGUGGAAAACACAGGUCUGAGUAUAGAUGGGAUAUACAGAGUGAGUGGAAACCUAGCUGUGAUACAGAAGCUGCGCUUUGCUGUCAAUCACGAUGAGAAGGUAGAGCUGGAUGACAGUAAAUGGGAAGACAUCCACGUCACUACAGGAGCCCUGAAGAUGUUAUUCAGAGAGCUGCCUGAGCCCGUUUUCACCUACGACUCUUUCAACGACUUUAUCAACGCCAUCAAAUGCUCAGACUACAAGCAGCGGGUGAAUAUGAUAAAAGACUUAAUCAAGCAUUUGCCAAAACCGAAUCACGACACAAUGCAAUGCCUCUUCAAGCAUCUCAGAAGAUACAGUUGGAGUCGGCUAAUUGACAUCAUUCGAGUCAAUUGGAGGUGUACCUGUGGAUGUAUUUCAAGGCCUACCUUCAAACUCAGUGCCUCUUUGCUUGACAUCAUGGGAAAAUUUAAAUAAAUCAGCCAAGACCUCAGAAAAUAAAUUGUAGAUCUCCACAAAUCUGGUUCAUCCUUGGGAACAAUUUCCAAAAGCCUGAAGGUACCACUAUCAUCUGUACAAACAGUACUCAAGUAUAAACCCCAUGGGACCACGCAGCCAUCAUACUGCUCAGGAAAGAGACGCAUUCUGUCUCCAAGAGAUGAACGUACUUUGGUGCAAAAAGUGCAAAUCAAUCCCAGAGCAACAGCAAAGGACCUUGUGAAGAUGCUGGAGGAAACAGGUACAAAAGUAUUUAUAUCCACAGUAAAAAGAGUCCCUAUAAUAUCGAAAUGCCGCUCAGCAAGGAAGAAGCCACUACUCCAAAACCGCCAUAAAAAGCCAGACUACGGUUUGUAACUGCACAUGGGGACAAAGAUUGUACUUUUUGGAGAAGUGUCCUCUGGUCUGAUAUAACAAGAAUAGAACUAUUUGGCAAUAAUGACCAUUAUGUUUGGAGGAAAGAGGGACGCUUGCAAGCCGAAGAACACCUUCCCAACCGUGAAGCACGGCAGUGGCAGCAUCAUGUUGUGGUGGUGCUUUGCUGCAGGAGGGACUGGUACACUUAAAAAAAUAGAUGGCAUUGUGAGGGAGGAAAAUGAUGUGG